AUGGCAACCACAGCCUCUCAGACCAACGGCGUGCCUGCGUCGUCAGGCUCCGCGCCUUCACAAUCGCAGAAUGCAACACAAAACACCACGGCGAGCGCCGGCUCAACAACCGUCCCAAACACGCAAACAUCCACAUCAGCAGGCGCCGGAGCCGCUCCAACAUCAACAUUAUCAGGCCAAGCCGGCGCCGGACAGGCGGCGAACCCCUCCGCGCAAGCACCGCGCCCGCGCGAUGCCCGGACCAUCGAGCUGCUCCUCAAUUCGCAAGGUGUGACGAGCUUCGACAGCCGCGUGCCGUUACUCCUCCUCGACUUUGCCUACCGGCACACCAGCAGCAUCUUGAACGACGCACUGCAUCUGUCGGGUGACCCGUACAUCUCGCAUGCCGGCAGCAAGCCGUCGGCAUCGCACGGCGCGGCGCCCAGCGCGCCUGCUGCGGGGGAUGCCGCGGUGUCGACCAAUGCCAUCAACGUCGCGAUCGCGUCACGGCAGGCGUACCAGUUCCGCGGCGGCAGUGGCGCAGGCGGCAGUGCGGGAGGUGCCGCAAGUAAAGAGUGGCUGGCCGAGCUGGCAAAGGAACGCAACAAGGUGCAGCUUCAGAGGAUACCAGCCAACGAGUGGGGGAUCCGGCUGCCACAUGAGCGGUUCGUGCUCACGGGGAUGGGGUGGCAGCUCAGAGAUAAGUGGGAAGAAGCUGCUGCGGAGGACGACGAGGAUGAUGACAGCUCCGACGAGGAUGACGAGGAUGCUGCCAAAGGAGGCGACGCCAUGGAAGGGGUUGAGGCGGGCAAGGCUGAUGGUGCCAAGGCCGAUGAGGGCGGCCUUGGAGACAUGCUUGGCGACGAAUUGGAAGGAGACGAGGACGAGGACAUGGAAGGGAUGGAGUAG